AUGACCCUCGAUAACGAUUCAACGAGGGACAACGAAAGCAGAGGACCGUGUCGGCCAUUUUCCGAGCUUUCGGCAAUUUCCUCCGCACGUGUCUUCUUUUUGCCGGAAGGGUCCACAUUUGAAGCGUCCACUAAGUUCUUCUCGCUCGCUCAGAUCAGCCUUUCCAUUUCCCUUCACCAUCCUCAGGCUUCCGAUACGUUGGAACUUCGACUCGACACUUUCGCAUCUUGCACAGACAGGAGGUGCGCCGGGGUCAUGACCAAGGCAGCAUCAGCUGAAGCGCUGGCAGCUUCUGCGUCGAUUCGCUCGUCUGGUAACGAUGCGGCUCCUCUUGCCAGUGCAAGCACGGCCAAGAAGCUCGCCAGGGUCUCCCCAGUCCGCUUCCUGCUUCUGAAUCUGCUCUUCCACAUCGUAUACAUUUCUUCCAUAUUCGACAUCUACUUCACUUCGCCAGUCGUGCAUCCGGAGCCUCGCUUCAGCGUCAAAAGCACCGUCAAUCCUGAAAGCAGCACCACUGCUGACCACCUCGAAGCGCCAGCGAAACGUCUGGUGCUCAUCGUCGGAGACGGCCUGCGUGCCGAUACCCUCUUCAAGAAGCAUUCUCCUCCCUUUCUGCCGGAAUGGUCAAUACCAAGAGAUGAUUCGUACGAUCGACACGGCGUGAUGGGCUCAUGGGCAUCUUUUGCUAGAGAUCCUCUUCGGCAGCCGUAUCCUUACCCGCUUGCGCUCGAGUACAACAAGUCGUCGCACGACAAUCGUAUACACAGCGAGCUUGUCCCAGAUUCGGCAUUUGUAGCGCCCUUCUUGCGCAGUGUCUCGAGAAGUCGAGGCGCUUGGGGGCUAAGCCAUACCCGUGUCCCCACCGAAAGCAGGCCCGGCCACGUGGCCAUGAUCGCAGGCAUGUACGAGGACGUCAGUGCUGUGACCAAAGGAUGGAAGCUCAACCCCAUCGCCUUCGACUCUCUUCUCAACCAAUCGAGUCACUCAUUCGCCUUCGGUUCCCCUGACAUCGUUCCCAUGUUUGCGGUCGGAGCAGCAGCGGAUCGAGUAGACAUGUGGACGUACCAAGAGCAAGACGAAGAUUUCACCAAAGAUGCCAGCCAUCUCGACCUCUGGGUGCUGGAUCGCUUCAAAGAUCUACUCGAUCGAGCGAGAAGUGACAAGGCGCUGGAUGCAAAGAUACGAGCGCCAGGUGCCGUCUUCUUUCUUCAUUUGCUGGGUCUCGACACCACAGGUCACACAUAUCGACCGCACUCUCCCGAAUACGUCGGCAACACCAUCGUCGUGGACGCCAUUGCGAGAGAAGUCGAGAGGUUGACGGACGACUUUUUUAAUGACGACGCGCGCACUGCCUAUGUCUUCACAGCGGACCACGGCAUGAGCGUCAAGGGCAACCACGGCGAUGGCGACCCGGACAACACACGCACACCUCUCGUGGCAUGGGGGGCUGGUUUGCGAGCGCCUCGAUCAGCCACCGCCCAACAGAAGAGGCAGGCAAGCACAGAGGCAAGGCAGGAUACCUACUUUGCCAACUGGCACCUCGACGAUGUAGCUCGCUCCGAUGUUGAUCAGGCCGACAUCACGCCCCUCAUGUCCACACUGCUGGGCGUACCGGUACCAGCCAACUCGGAAGGUCGCUUGCGACUCGAUCUGGUCGACCUUCCUGAAGAGCACAAAGCUCGCGCGCUCCUUGCAAACGCGCAACAGGUGCUCGAAACCUACCGAGUCAAGCACGACUCGAGAGCCAAGAGAAUGGUGCGCUACAGGCCUUUCGGUCCGCUCUCGCAAGGCGCUGGAAAGGCACGUCCCGGACAGAGAAAGGUGGAGGAAAUCCUUGCCCACAUUGAAGACAGUCAGUUUGAAGAAGCGAUCGUCAAGAGCAAUGCCCUCAUCGACGAUUCCAUCCAGGGCGCACACUACCUGCAGACGUAUGACUGGCUGCUCCUCUGUACCAUCGUUGCCCUUGGCUACGUUGGCUCGAUGAUCUACGCAUUCAUCUUCUUGCUUCGCAACUACAUGCUCCCAAACUCGGUCAUCGAGAGUCUGGCUGCACGCUCGUCCAAUGGCGCAAGGACGAGACCGAACUUGGUCAAGAUCAUGGUUGCGCCGGUAUCAGGAGCGGUUUUCGCACUGUUCGCAGCACAGGAAAUGCCCAUCUCGUACUACCUCUAUGCCGCGUUGGCGUUUCUGUUCUGGGGCCGCAUCAUCGACGAUCUGCCGCUCCUUUUUGCAGCCUAUCACCACUAUUCCCGGCUCAAACAGGGCACCUCGAUUGUAAAGACGGGACUUGCGGUCAUUUCGGGCCUCGCCAUCAUGGAGCUCAUGGCCGUCGGCUAUCUAUACCGAGUCGCCUGGUUUAUAGGGUUCAUCGUGAUCGGCUUUGCGUGGCCAGCCUUCGCAUUGUCCGCCGACUUCAAGUCGGACAACGAAGGCCUCAUCUUGGUGUGGGGUCUUUCCUGCCUGAUGACGGGACUGUUUACCAUCGGCGACGUCAACAAAGAAGAAAGCAUUCCCUUGCUCAUGCUCAGCGCCGUCGUUUUCCUCGCUGCCGGCUGUCUGGUCGUCCAGCGUCCUCAUCUAUUCUUCCCUGGCGAUGCCACCGUGUCACCGUCAAGCUCAAAAGAAACCCAGCUUCGCCGAGAUGAGACGCCGCAAGCGGUAAAGGAUGCGCAGUCACUCCAUCUUCGACACACCUUGCGCACGAUCCAUUUCCAGCUUGUAGUGCUCGUUGUCACUGCCAUAACGACGGCUGUGUCGGCAAGAUCGCUACAAUUGAAACGAGGACUUCCAUUCGCAACACAGCUGCUCGCGUGGUCCUGUCUUGCCAUCUGUCUCGUCUUUCCAUUUGCCUACGGCUUCCGCCGUGCCACCAUUGUCGGAUCCCGACAAGGUGAUGUUGCCAGUACUCUUGUCAGGCAGUCAAUCGGUCAACGACUUGCGAUCGUCGUUUUCGCAUUUGCACCCGUCUUCAUCCUUCUCUCGCUGCGAGACGAAGUGCUUUUCUUCGGCUGCUACUCGAUGACUUUGCUCGUGUGGGCAAAGAUGGAGGGCUCGCUUCACGAGUCGCGGCGGGUUCCGGCCGAAGCUGGAACGGAAGAGACCCGACGCUUGCUGAUGCUGCCCGAAUUGCGUGUCAGCCUGUUUUACCUCUUCUUCCUCCACGUCGGCUUUUUCGGUACGGGCAACGUCGCUUCGAUCUCUUCGUUUUACCUGUCACCCGUAUAUCGUCUCGUGCCGGUGUUCAAUCCGUUCCUCAUGGCGACACUAUUGCUGCUGAAGAUCCUCGUUCCCUUCCUCAUCCUCAACGCCGUCUUCUCGCUCCUCGCAACGAGCCCGCCACUCCCUUCAACCAUCACAGCCUCGAAACAAUUGGAUCGAGGCUUCAAGCUUCUUGGAGAGUCCGCACCAGGUGGACUUGGGCUCGAUUCAGCCUUGAGCUUGGUUUUUGGCGCGGGAAUCGCCGCAGACGUGCUCGCUUUCAACUUUCUGUUCGCCGUCAAGAGCGAAGGAAGUUGGCUGGAGAUCGGACAGACGAUCACGCACUUUGUCAUGGCGAACCUGUUGCAAAUCUUCAUGCUGACUCUGGCCGCAGCGAGCUCCGCCAUUCUCGGGUGA